GCGACGGACUUGUUGGUAGUUCACAUGAGAGCGAACAAUCUGCAGUGAUCCGGCUCGGCUCAUCCCUCGUUUCACACAGACCAUAUCAAUUUAAAUAGAUUCUUCCUGUCGAUUUCAUGUCCAUCGUAAACUGUAGUCCACCGUUGCUGUGGAGUGUUUGCGUUUUUCUCUGAACCGGAAGACCUCAAAGAAAUCAAAGUUCGCAAGGAGGUGACAUCUGGCUGCUGCACACCUGACUUCAUUGAAUGAGGUUUAACACCAAUUAGCAUUUGUUUUGGUUCGAUACCCAUAGACAAUUACACACGCCCAACAUUCAGUCGGACGCAACUGGACACACAUUCAUAUAAAUCUGCAGGCUAACGGUGACGAGCUGGCGCAGGUCGUGGGUUGUCCGUGGAGAAUGCGAGACAGUGGCGGUAGCCUGGCCCAGAACCGCUGGCAGGGGGACCUGGGUCUGACUGCUGUGGGGCAGGGCGACACAGGAGGAGGUGGGAUUCCUGGAGACCACCUCAUAGUCCCUGUGUCAGGCAACAGUGUACCCAGCCCCAUGCACCUCAGACUGGGCCAGAAAGAGAAGGUGUGGACAGGCGAAUAUGUGGAGGAAGACGACGACGACGACGACGACGACGAGGAGGAUGGGGUGGGCAGGAUCAAGGAAAUGGGUGAAGAGGAAGAGGAAAACAAUCUGGAUGGUGAGGUAGAGUUUGAAGGCAAGGGUUGGGAUAACAAUGAGGAGGACGAAGAAGAGGAGGAGGAGGAGGAAGAAGAAGAAGACGACGAGGUGGAAGAUGAAGGAGACCGGGCGGAGCUGGAGUGGGAGAUCCCAGACUUUCCCUCCCAGGCCACGCAGCACCCUCACUCGCACCAACAUCAUGGACCACAACAGGAGGCGGACGGCGGCGGCGACGUCCCGGCAGAGGACGCCGUCUCCCAGGCCAAAGCGGGGGACUUGUUCAGGUCCCACCUGAGCAGGUACAGGGCUCUGAGGAGGCUCCGGCGCUGGCAGCGUCUGCGCUCCCACAGAGGGGUUGGGUUUCGGCUCACCAAGCACUGGAAGAGCUGGCGCCAGCGGGCGCAGUGGGUGGGCUCCCGGGGGUACCGGUGCAGCCGCAAAGGGCAGAGGCACAGUCAGCACAGCAAGCAGAGGAGGACAAAAAGGUCUCGGCAGUCACCAUACAGCGAUGAAGAGGACGACAGCAACGAUGAGAGGUUCACGGACUCCGAGAGAGAUGAGCUGAUGAACGGCUGCUCUCCAGACAAGCAAGAGGACAGAGGGAGGCGGGACGUGGAGGUCAAACCCGUGGAGCUGGCCCUUACUGAGGAACACAUGAGCUGUGUGACAGGUAUUCUUGAAGAGUCCCUACAGCAGUACGGCAGUUUGAUCCCCAUCCACGUGGACGACAUCGUGGAGAAGCUUCAGGACAUCUUCAGCGAGAGCUUCUCACAGCCUCACAGGAAAGCAGUGGUCCAGCACCUAAUACAAUCCUUCCAGCGCUCGUCGGGAUCCGCCCUGGCCAAAACGUUCAGAGUCAACUACAAACGCCACGUGCUGACCAUGGACGACCUGGGCACUCUGUAUGGACAGAACUGGCUCAACGACCAGAUUAUGAACAUGUAUGGUGACCUGGUCAUGGACUCUGUGCCCGAGAAGGUGCACUUUUUCAACAGCUUCUUUUAUGAUAAGCUGAGGACAAAAGGCUAUGAUGGGGUCAAACGGUGGACGAAAAAUGUAAGUGUUGUCGGGGAGGGUUCUCUUCACAUUAAGGUUGAUCUAGACAAUUGUGCUUUCUUUAUGUAAAUAUGUAGCCUGUCUAUCAUUUUAAAUGACAAAGCAGGGCCUCAGACCCCAAUAUUUGUGGUUAAAUUGGUCUGUUGAUGGUCUCAAGCUUUUUGUCAUACAGUCGUUAGAAUUACGGUGUAAUAAUUUGUAUUUUGCGCCAAUUCAGAAUAACGGAUAGCCCCAUUUGUUCUGUUUGUCGUUUUGGCCGUCACUAUCUUUGUUCGUUUCACCUGGAAGUGACACGAGAGGUUGGAGCUCGUAAUAUAGCUUCAUGGGCUUUUUCUAAAUUUUCCACUAUUGUGGACAAAGCCAGUUUACGUUGUUUUAUGCCAGAGAGGACAUCAGUUAAGCAGGCGGUCCUUCACACACACACACACACACACACACACACACACACACACACACACACACAC